UUUGCCAGGCCCAGCUGAAGCCUCAGGUUUGGGGUUUGGAGACAAAACCCUGAAAUUUCCUUCAGGUCUUCAUUCGCACUGAGAGAAAUGGAAGGAGUGUCAUACCAGCGCUUCCCGAGGGUGAAAAUCCGAGAGCUCAAAGACGACUAUGUCAAAUUCGAGCUCCGUGAUACCGACGCCUCCAUAGCCAACGCUCUUCGCCGUGUUAUGAUCGCCGAGGUCCCCACUAUCGCCAUUGACCUCGUCGAGAUCGAGGUCAACUCCUCCGUCCUCAACGACGAGUUCAUCGCUCACCGCCUUGGCCUCAUUCCUCUCACCAGCGAACGCGCCAUGAGCAUGCGCUUCUCUCGCGACUGUGACGCUUGCGAUGGUGACGGCCAGUGUGAGUAUUGCUCAGUCGAGUUUCACCUACGUGCUAAAUGUAUCACUGACCAAACUCUAGACGUCACGAGCAAGGACUUGUACAGCUCUGAUCACACUGUGGUUCCUGUCGAUUUCUCUGAUUCGGCGGGCUAUGAUUCCUCUGAGCAGAAGGGAAUCAUCAUUGUGAAGCUUCGUCGUGGGCAGGAACUGAGACUGAGGGCCAUCGCCAGAAAAGGGAUUGGGAAGGAUCACGCAAAAUGGUCACCGGCGGCAACUGUAACUUUCAUGUAUGAACCAGAUAUUCAUAUCAAUGAGGAUUUGAUGGAAACUUUGACACUUGAGGAAAAACAAAGUUGGGUUGAAAGUAGUCCUACCAAAGUGUUUGACAUUGAUCCUAAUACCCAACAGGUUGUAGUGGUUGAUCCUGAAGCAUACACGUACGAUGAUGAAGUGAUCAAGAAAGCAAUAGCUAUGGGGAAGCCUGGGCUUGUGGAUAUCCAUGCUAAGGAAGACAGUUUUAUAUUCACAGUUGAAUCAACUGGUGCAAUUAAAGCUUCACAGUUGGUACUCAAUGCCAUAGAAGUCCUAAAACAAAAGCUGGAUGCUGUUCGCCUGUCAGAGGAUACUGUGGAAGCUGAUGAUCAGUUUGGUGAGUUAGGUGCUCAUAUGCGUGGAGGAUGAGCCAGUUUGCAAAUGGAGUUAUCAGUUGAUUAGUUUGUAUUGGCCUAUAUGAUGUUGAUAACCCCCCAUUUACUUUUGUCAAACUUAAUUAUCCUGUGCUAACUGCAUCUCUUUCCUGCUUGGUACAUCGGUGCAUCUUUAUGAGACAUUAACUUCUACAUACUCUGUGGGGCACCGGUUUUUUUUUUUUUUUUUUAAAUUAUUUUUGGAUACAAGAGAGCAGCACUAUGAUAUGCAUAAUCUGUGUGCUCAAACUUGGGAUAUCUGCCCACCUUCCCAACAAUUCAAUUCAAGCUCAAAUUGUUUCUAUUUUA